AUACCUUACACAGUGAUGCUGAUGUUCGGUGGUCUGCCUCUUUUUUACUUGGAGUUGGCCAUGGGUCAGUACUACCGCUGUGGCUGUCUCACCAUCUGGAAGAACAUAUUCCCAAUCUUCAAAGGAAUUGGGUACGCCAUCUGCAUUCUUGACUUGUACAUGGCCAUGUACUACAACACAGUGAUCGCCUGGGCACUUUACUACCUUGUGGCGUCUCUGGCCUCGGAGCUACCCUGGACGCGCUGUGACAACCCCUGGAAUACAGCGACAUGUCGUACGCUUGCCGAACGUGCUAAUGCCACGGGACUGGCCACUAGCCCUGCGCAAGAGUACUUCGAGCGGCGGGUCCUGCAAAUUCAUCUGUCGGAUGGUAUUGACCACAUCGGUGGCGUCCGGUGGCCACUGGCACUGUGUCUCUUCGCAGUUUUCGUGCUCGUCUACUUCUCCCUGUGGAAGGGCGUCCGCAGCACCGGAAAGGCGGUGUGGGUAACGGCCACUAUGCCGUACGCUGUGCUGCUCAUCCUACUGCUUCGCGGCGUCACCCUUGACGGAUCGCUGGAUGGCAUCAAGUAUUACCUGUACCCGCAGUGGGACAAGCUGUUGUCUAGCGACGUAUGGAUUGAUGCUGCAACACAAAUAUUUUUUUCACUUGGGCCGGGAUUUGGCACGCUACUAGCGCUAUCAAGCUACAACAAGUUUCAUAACAACUGUUACCGGGACGCUCUUGUGACAAGUAUAAUCAACUGCCUGACAAGUUUCCUGGCUGGCUUUGUCAUAUUUUCGGUCCUCGGCUAUAUGGCCCACGUGCUGCAGAAGGAUAUCGAGGACGUUGCCACCGAUGGCCCUGGAUUAGUCUUCAUUGUAUACCCCGAAGCCAUUGCUACCAUGAAAGGAUCAGUGUUCUGGUCUAUUCUCUUCUUUCUGAUGCUAAUCACUCUCGGCCUGGAUAGUACGUUUGGUGGCCUGGAGGCAAUGCUGACGGGCUUGUGCGACGAGUACCCUCUGGUCCUGCGCCGGCAUCGUGAGAUAUUCGUUGGUUGCGUCAUGCUCUUCAUCUACGCGUGCGCCCUGCCGACAACCACCUACGGUGGCAACUAUAUUGUAAGCUUGCUGGAUAACUACGCCACAGCAACGGGCGUCCUGUUUAUUGUUUUCGUGGAGUCCAUGGUGGUGUGCUGGUUUUACGGCACUAACCGCUUUUCUCAACAUAUCAAAGAAAUGCUUGGUCAUCUUCCGGGGCUGUACUGGCGUAUGUGCUGGAGUUAUAUAAGUCCCUUAUUUCUUUUCAUGAUGUUCCUAUUUGCUGUUCUGCGCUACAAAGCCCUGGAGUGGGAAGACUACAAAUUUCCAGGCUGGUCAAUUUCAGUUGGUUGGCUCUUGACAGCUUCUUCUAUAUGUUUCGUUCCCGGCUAUAUUGUGAUCGCUUUCCUGAAAACCAGAGGCACCAUAAAACAGGUCUGA